CAAGUUGCAGAGGUUUCGCAACAGUCAAUUAACUUGAUAAAUCUAUUCUUAAGUGCCUUACACACUCCAAGUGUUUACAAGAAUCUUGAUACUUCGAAUAAAGUAAUUGGAAUCAUUAUUAACCUACUUUACUAUCUCAACGCAAUUUCUAUGUAUAAAGAGUGUAAACAAGUUAAGCUUUUAUUUAUGCUUAAAAAAAGUGAGUUUGUACGUGCAGAUUUAAUAUUCAAACAUUGUAAUUUGAAUCGAAUGGCAUGUUAAUAUGCAUUUUAAUCGCAUUAACGCGUCUGCGAUGACUUACGUCUGGGUAUGAUCGGUGGCUGCGCGCGCGCAACUCGGUAACUUGACCAGUCGAGUGGCGACCGUUCUAAAGACGCUUGUUUUACGCACGUUGUAUUUGUGACAUAAGUUGAAUGGGAAAUUGUUAGUGUGCAAAAAGUACAAACAAGAGUUACGGAAGCGGAGAAUUGAAUCAACUGACAUUGGUUUCUUUGUUGUACAUAUUUUACGUUGCAAUGCUACCAAGAUGGCGACUGAUAAUAUCAAAAUUGUUCAUAAUUCCCCAGCGGUAUGUGCUCGGCAUCAUGGGUCUGCUGGCGGUGUGCAAUGCGUACACGAUGCGCGUCUGCCUCAACCUCGCCGUCACACAAAUGGUCAACAAUACCAAGAACGAGGAGUCACAUUUUGAUCCAAAUGCUUGUCCUGAUGAAAGCGAAAUAUUGGUUAACGGAACUGUCAGUGUAAAAGAGUACGCAAUAUUCGACUGGUCAGAAUCAACUCAAGGGUUAAUACUAAGCGGUUUCUACUAUGGAUAUGCUAUAACACAUGUACCGGGAGGUUACUUAGCUGAGAGAUACGGAGGGAAAUGGACCCUUGGUAUCGGGCUCCUAAGUACUGCUAUCUUCACGCUGAUGACUCCUGUAGUGGUGAAAGCAGGAGGAGCGACAUGGCUGUUCAUACUACGGGUGCUUCAAGGAAUGGGCGAAGGUCCCACGAUGCCUGCCUUAAUGAUUGUGUUGGCGCGCUGGGUGCCUCCACACGAGAGGUCACGGCAAGGUGCCUUGGUGUUCGGUGGUGCACAGAUUGGGAACAUAUUCGGGUCAUUCAUGUCUGGAUUCCUGAUGGCAGGCAAUGGCGAUUGGGCUAAUGUGUUCUAUUUCUUUGGCUGUUUUGGCAUUUUAUGGUUUAUAUUCUGGAGUCUACUUUGCUACAGUACGCCGAACACUCAUCCCUACAUAUCAGAUGAAGAGCUUAAAUAUUUAAACGAGCACGUCACAAGUGCUGAUAAUAAAAGCGUGCGCGACCCUGUCCCUUGGAAGGCUAUUGUUAGAUCAGUUCCCGUGUGGGCUCUUUUGUUUGCUGCAGUAGGCCACGACUGGGGUUAUUACACAAUGGUAACAGACCUUCCAAAAUACAUGACUGAUGUGCUUAAAUUCAACAUCGCUACGACGGGCACCCUCACUUCUAUCCCUUACCUCGCCAUGUGGAUAAGCUCCUUUAUAUUUGGCUGGGUAUGCGACGGCUGCGUCAAAAAAGGAUGGCAUUCCAUUAAAACUGGAAGGAUAAUCCAUACAACUAUAGCUGCUACGGGUCCCGCUAUAUGCAUCAUCCUCGCAUCAUACUCCGGCUGCGAUCGUUUCAAAGCUGUGGCUUAUUUUAUUGCCUCCAUGGCCCUUAUGGGAGGAUUCUACAGUGGAAUGAAGGUUAACGCACUUGAUUUGGCGCCAAAUUACGCGGGCUCUUUAACAGCAAUGAUCAAUGGCACAUCGACGAUAUCUGGAAUAAUCACGCCCUACCUCAUCGGUUUAUUAACACCUGACGUAAGUUAUUUGCACAGAUGCCAAUCUAUACUUACAAUAAAAUUGGAAUGUCUGUUUGUAAUCAAAAUAAAAAUUCCAGAUUUUGGAAAGAUGAUGUAUUUGCGUUGCUUAUAACCAAAAUCGAUUUUUUUUUGUCUGUGUGUCUGUAUGUCUGGCUGCAAGUUACGUUUGUUCCGGGUAAUCUCUGAAAUGGCUGGACCGAUUUCGACUAUACUUGCAGUGAAGGC